CUUUGCUGAAAUUGUCAGUUGGGGCGUGAACAAUGUGUGUGCUUGCCCUGAAGCUUGAGAUUCCGGAGAUGGGUCAUGGUAGUAGAGCAUGAAACCAGGCAGUGGAUUCUACUCUGUCAGUGUGUGUGUGUGUGUGUGUGUGCCGAAGCUGCAUCGGCACCGACAUCGAGAAUCGCGACAUUUUCUAAUUUCGAAAGCAGUGGUGUAACCAUAGGGGGCUGUGGGUAGGGAGGCAGCGAAGGGAGCUUAUGUGGUUUGGAAAGAGAGAGGGUGGAGAUUGUUGGUAGUAAUGGAGUGCUCGAGGGGGUGGGCAUUGGUGUUGCCCUCGUUUUUGGUGCUUUUGUUCGCGAGCUUUGUCGGAGCUGCUGAUGAGGCGAAACGGAUUCCGACCACAUUGGAAGGGCCCUUCAAGCCGUACACGAAGAAAUUCGAUACCAAUUUGCGCACUGGGAGCGAUGAUUUGCCCCUAUAUGACCCACGAAUUGUGAAGCGCGUCCCCGCUAUUUACCCAGAGCAGAUAUUUCUCGCUCUGUCAACACCUGAUGCUAUGUGGGUGUCUUGGGUCUCUGGGGAUUGGCAAAUGGGUCCGAAAGUUACGCCCUUGGACCCGACCAGUGUUAAGAGUGUUGUGCAGUAUGGUACUGCGUCUGAAAAGUAUACAAUGUCCGCAAGUGGAAUCUCUGAGGUUUACAGUCAGCUCUACCCCUUCGACAAUGUGCUCAAUUAUACAUCGGGCAUUAUUCACCACGUCCGCAUCACCGGACUUAAACCAAACACAAAAUACUACUAUAAGUGUGGGGAUCCGACAUUAUCUGCCAUGAGCGGUGAACAUUCAUUCACAACUUUGCCAGCAACUGGACCUGCCAAUUAUCCAAAGCGCAUUGCUAUCAUCGGAGAUCUUGGACUAACGUAUAAUUCCACUUCAACUGUUGAUCACGUAGCCGAGAACAAUCCAGAUCUUAUUCUAAUGGUGGGCGACAUGUCAUAUGCAAACUUGUACAUUACUAAUGGAACUGGCUCGAGUAGUUAUGGCCAAGCUUUUGGGAAAGAUACUCCUAUACAUGAGACCUACCAACCUCGCUGGGACAUGUGGCAGAGACUGGUUGAGCCGUUAGCAUCGAGGGUGCCUUUUAUGGUCAUAGAAGGCAAUCAUGAGGUCGAAUCACAAAUCAACGGCGAAAGCUUUGUGGCAUACAAGGCCAGGUUUGCGGUUCCUCAAUCAGAGAGUAAAUCGGGUACCAACAUGUACUACUCUUUCAACGCAGGUGGCAUCCAUUUUGUCAUGAUUGGAUCCUACGCAGAUUACAAUAAGUCCAGCGAGCAAUACCGUUGGCUACAGGAAGAUCUUGCAAAUGUCGAUCGGACUGUUACUCCAUGGAUCAUUGCAACCACACACGCUCCGUGGUAUAAUAGCUACCGCGCUCAUUAUCGAGAAGUAGAAUGUUUUCGACAAUCGAUGGAGGAUCUUUUGUACAAAUACGGCGUUGACGUCAUGUUCCAUGGCCAUGUGCAUGCUUAUGAACGAAUCAAUCGAGUUUACGAUUACAAGUACGACCCUUGUGCUCCAGUGUAUAUCACAGUCGGCGAUGGUGGCAACGGUGAAAAAUUGGAAUUAAUCCAUGCAGAUGACGAUGGUGCAUGUCCUGAUCCGUUGACGACCCCAGACAAGGGUUUUUCGUAUCUCAGUGGCUACUGUGGCUUUAAUUUCACCAACGGCAAGUUUUGCUGGGACAAGCAACCCGUCUGGAGUGCCUGGCGUGACAGCAGCUUCGGUCAUGGCAUCAUAGAGGUGGUGAACAGCACGCACCUGCUUUGGACUUGGCAUCGAAACCAAGACGAAUAUGACGAGAUUGUUGGUGAUCAAAUUUAUAUAGUACGCCAACCUCACGUUUGCAGUAACCAGAACAACCUGUUGCGGAGAAACAAGUCUGUUCGUUUCUUCAGGGGCAGUGAUUCAAGAUAAAUAUGCAGAGCUUUUAUUAGCUUUAAGUAAAUUUUAUGUUUUUGGAGUUGCAAAGUCAUGGGUUGGUUUUUAGCAUCAAUGCUUAUGUGCAUUAUUCAUUUAUACGUAUUUGUGUUGCAAAUUUUAGGAGUUUAAUAUAUUAAUGGUGUACAACCCCCGAUCAUGUUUUAAUUAUUACUGUCAUCGUCUAGCUUAGAAAUAAGUUGUUAGUCCUUCAACCCCACCUUUUACUCAAAUGCAAAACUUUAUGACAAAACAUGAGAAAUCUUUUGAAGUUUAAUGUGUACCCAGUUUGAAACAUUCACAUCUA